CAGCUCUGAAACAUAAAGCACCUUGCCUCUGUCUUGCCACAGUCGUUUAGUUAACAAAUCUUAUAUCCAGCCUGCUAUUUGGAGUUGGACUUCGCCAGACCUAGGGUUCCUCCACUCAUUUGAUCCUCGACUUUCACCCCGCUCCUCGUGCCUCACGUCGACGUAUACCGUUGCCUGUCCUCCUGCCUUCUCUAUUUAAGUGUACGGCGACAGCGAUCUGUCCGCAGACAUGUUCAACCGCGACCGCCUUCCUGGGCUCCCAGGCUCUUCCCCCAGGCCACCACAACGCCCCGAUGGAUAUGGGAGACCCCCGCCACAACAGCAGCCACCACCGCAACGACAUCCAGGCUAUGACACAAGGAUGGGAGGGUACGAAGAGCAACCUCCACCUGGAUAUGGCUCCAGACCGAGCGGUCAAGGAAUGCCCGCUAGAGUGGCGGUUCCGAGUAGAGGAGGCCCUGCAAUGCAGCUUCGACCGAUCAAGAGCCCUGGUGGCAAUGCAUAUGCGUUUGGAAAUAUUGCCGCUGUUUCUCCGCACGAUUUCCCACCGACCCGUGACGGCUCCGAUAUCACGAUUCUCAUCAAUGGCAACUUCGUUUUGUCGGCGCGGCCGACGCAGGGAUGCCAGCCGGGCGAGAUUGGACUCACGGAUGCACAACGGAAUUGGGCAGGCAUAUCUCUAGGUCCACAGGAUGUAGUCACCGUUGAGCAAUACGACCUCUUCCGUCAAGGUGGGGGUGUCUACUUGGGAUCUAUGGAGGUGGAAGUUGGAUUCGCAACAAGGAAGACCACGGAGACUCCAUACGAUCAGGAUGAACUUGCCUCUCAGUUCAAGAAGAACUUCCAGAACCAGAUCCUUGCUCCCGGUCAACAGCUGCUUAUGGACGUGAAGAACAUUGUCCUGAGAUUGUCGAUAAGAACCGUGCAAUUGGUAAACUUGGGCGAGAAGCCGGAUCCCAACUCCACCCACCCCACGACGAAUCCCAGCGAACGGGGAAUUUUGACGUCGGAGACGCAAAUCGACUUCUUCAAAGAUGCUCGUACAGACAUAAAGAUAAAGGCUUCCAGUAGAAGACCUGCAGCUAAUUCGAUUGUGCAACCUGGUUUCAAAUUUGAAGAUAUGGGUAUUGGCGGUUUGGAUACGGAGUUCAGUGCCAUUUUCCGGAGAGCCUUCGCAUCGCGCAUCUUUCCCCCUGGCUUGGUGGAGAAGCUGGGUAUCCAGCACGUUAGGGGUAUCCUUCUAUACGGCCCUCCAGGAACAGGCAAAACCCUGAUUGCCCGUCAGAUUGGCAAGAUGCUCAACGCCAGGGAGCCAAAGGUUAUCAAUGGACCCGAGGUAUUGAACAAAUACGUGGGCCAGUCCGAAGAGAACAUUCGUAAGCUGUUCGCCGAUGCGGAGAAGGAGUAUAAAGAGAAGGGAGAUGAGAGUGGUCUUCACAUUAUCAUUUUCGAUGAGCUGGAUGCUGUGUGCAAACAGAGAGGUACCAGCGGUGGCGGUACCGGCGUUGGAGACAGCGUUGUGAAUCAACUGCUCUCAAAACUGGAUGGUGUCGACCAGCUUAACAAUAUCCUCCUGAUCGGUAUGACCAAUCGCAUGGACAUGAUCGAUGAGGCCCUUCUACGCGCUGGACGUCUAGAGGUUCACAUGGAAAUUUCCCUUCCCGACGAACAUGGUCGCGCACAGAUUCUGAAGAUUCACACGGCGAAGAUGCGGGCCAAUAAUGUCUUGGACAACGAUGUCAGCCUUGAGGAACUGGCCAAGCUCACCAAGAACUUCUCCGGUGCAGAGAUUAGCGGUCUCGUCAAGGCUGCGUCUUCAUUUGCCUUCAGUCGCCACAUCAAGGUUGGCACGAUGGCUGCCAUCAACCCUGAUGUUGAAAACAUGAAGGUGAACAGACAGGACUUCCUGAAUGCGCUCGAGGAGGUCAAACCUCUAUUUGGUGUGGCGGAAGAAGAACUGGGCAUGCGCAUCCGUGGGGGAAUUACCCACUUCUCGAGCUAUAUUGAUGACAUUCUAGAAGAAGGAAGGCUGUAUAUCAAUCAAGUCAGGAAGCCAGAUGACUCGACACCUAUCUUGUCUGUUGCUUUGCAUGGACCGCCGGGAAGCGGGAAAACAGCGCUUGCGGCGAAGAUGGCCAUGGACUCGGGGUUCCCGUUCAUCAAACUGGUGUCACCCGAGGACAUGGUCGGGUUCAGCGACAUGCAGAAGGUGCAGCAGCUUGACAAGACGUUCCGAGACGCAUACAAGAGCCCUCUUAGUGUGAUCGUGAUCGACAACAUCGAGAUGUUGGUUGAUUUUGUGCCCAUUGGGCCGCGUUUCAGCACCAGCGUCCUGGUGGCACUAAGAGUGCUUCUCGAGAAGCCACCACCCAAGGGACGUCGGUUGUUGGUCUUUGCUACCACUACGGAGCGAACAGUGCUCACACAGUUGGAUCUCUUCAACCGGUUCGACGCUGAAAUCGCAGUGCCAAACGUAAACACACAGGCCGAACUUGCGCAUGUAUUACGAGAAUCUGGCGCUUUCUCGGACCAGGACUUGCAGCGUGCAAUUGGAGAAAUUCAGGAGAUUACGGGAAGUGCAGAAAUAGGGGUCGGUAUCAAGCAGAUUCUGACAGGCAUCAAUACUGCAAAACAAGAUCAGGACCUCCCGGGACGAUUCGCCAGGAUCAUGUCGCGGCAUAUUGCAGCGCACAGGAACCCGGUCUGAUAGAAUACGAUAUGGGGAACCCCGGUAUUUCGUUGGAUCAUGGGAAGUAGACUAGCAAUAGACUUGAGGGGCGUCGGUGUUACGCUCCAGUACGAGCUAUGCAGCUUGCAUCCAUCCUUCCAGCAAACGGUAGUGCACUAAUAGGCUAAGGAGCAAUACAAUGG